UUCCAAUUUUUACAAUAACAAUCAGCUGUCCAAGUGGUGUCCACAAAGAACUAAAAAGGGGAGGGCAUAAUCGAUAAUGACUUUUUAUUUAUUGUAAUAGCAUUUUAGAAAAACUUUUUCUUGUUAGAAUUACUUCAAAAAGGCACCAUGACAGAGAAUCAAAACACGUCAAAUUCUCCAAAUAAAGACCCUUCUGUCACAGUCAUAGAGAAGCAAACCCAGAGAAGAAUCUUUAAAAUAAUUGUAAUUGGAGACUCUAAUGUAGGGAAAACUUGCCUUACCUAUAGAUUCUGUACUGGGAAGUUUCCAGAUAAAACGGAAGCUACUAUAGGUGUGGACUUCAGAGAAAGAACUGUUGACGUGGAUGGUGAGCAGAUAAAGCUGCAACUAUGGGACACGGCAGGACAAGAGAGAUUCCGGAAGUCCAUGGUUCAGCAUUACUACAGGAAUGUACAUGCUGUGGUGUUUGUGUACGAUGUCACAAAAAUGUCCUCGUUUGAGAACAUGCCUGGAUGGAUUGAGGAGUGUGACAGACACAAUCUUAACCUGGAUAUUCCUCGUAUUCUAGUCGGAAACAAGUGUGAUAUGACUGACAAAGUUGCAGUGAACACAAACCUGGCUCAGAAGUUUGCAGAUUCUCACACCAUGCCACUGUUUGAGACAUCUGCAAAAGAUGAGGAGAAGGCAAACCAUAUAGAUGCAAUAUUUCUGACUCUUGCACACAAGCUGAAGAACAGCAAGCCAAUGAUGUCUCCGUACAUAGGUCCUGGGGGCUACCCAAACAAUGUCCAGGUGGUGACUGUGGGGAAGUCCCCCGAGUCCCGAGGUCUGCAGAGAAUGGGAUCAGAGGUCAAACAAGAGCAGUGUUCUUGUUAAGAUCUUUAAUGUAAAGGUCUGAAAUGACUGUAACUCACUGAGUAAGGAACACAAGUGUGGAAAUCAUUGACCUGCUGAUUGUGUUCAAAAGCAACUGGUUAUUAUUGUUUACUGGAUUCUAGCUCUCUGAUCAAAGGGUUUCCACUUAAAAUGCUUUGCUUACUUAGUAUUCAUUGUUUGUUAGGUUUUAUUCUAGUAUGUGUUCCAUACUUCCAAGGGUUUCAUGUUUGCUUCAUUGCCUGGUGAAUAUUUAGGAUAAGCUAGCUUUGUCCAGGAUCACUCAUCAAUAUACCAGAAAAUUUUAUCAAGAUUUUUGCCUCUGAAGCAAUACAGUAUAUUCAAGCUUUUUCAAAUAUUUACUGCAGUAAUUUGUUUUUAAAGUUAGAGUCAGAAAACUUAUUAUCUCAAAAUGAUUGAGGAUUGAGAAAAAAAUCUUCAUAUUGUCUGAGGAUUUGAGAUAAUGAGGAUAAAAUGCUUAAAAUGCUCAAAUAAGUGAUUUGGACUUCCAAAUGAAUUCGAAAUAUCCAUGGUUUUUGAGAUACUGGUACUUGGUAUUCCAAAGACUGAAAGUUUGACUCUAUUCAUGAAAAUUUAAUACAGUACAGACAUAGAUUCAUGAUUUUAAGUUUACUAUGAUAAAGAUAAUGGUUCUACUUCUGUAAACUGAUUUACAUUUUGUGUAAAAUGUACUGGUAUUUAAUAUACUGUAAACUUUUUUAAGCACUUAUUUUUCCAUAGUGCACAUUGGUGAACAUGGUGAACUACAAUUUAACAAAAACUGUGAUUGGCAUAAUUCAAUCCUUUGUAACAACACCUAUAAAUAUAUACACUGUAUGUAUUGUAUAUGUAGUCCACAUCAUACAUGUAUAUUCAAUUUAAGUAUUCCAUUAUGAGAGAGUCCUCAUUUGUCACAUUGUUUUGAAAUUUUCUGUCAAUCAUGUUUACAGUACCAUUUUCCUAGUCUUUUAUGUUCUGAUAUUAAAAUGUUAUCUUUAUUUUUUAUGUUAAAUACUAACUACAUAUAUAAUUGGUCCUUUUGUAUACUUUCAUGUUUGACACAAAAAGACUUGGUCUUUAUCGAUAUAUAUUAUUUGACACUAUAGCUACUACCAAUGAAAAUUUCAAAAUACCAGUGUGUAAACUUGUUGGCAAGCAUUUAUGCAUUUUUUUCCUAUGAAAUAUUUAAAUCUUGACAACAUCAAUGGGUUCAGGAGUACUUGAUUCUUCAGAUCAUGCAGAUCAUACCUUUUUUUCACCUUGUAGAUUGAUUUAUUGAUUGUAUGCCGAUUAAUGUUCCUCUCGAGAAUUUUUCACUCAUAUUGAGAUGCCACCACGUGGGUGGAGAGCUCGAGAUUUUGUCCUAUGCUUGGCACUCAGGGUUAUUGAGCAAUGAGGGAUCUUUUUCGUGCCAGCACCUACUGUGACAUGGGACCUUGGUUUUUCCGAUCUCAUCCGAAUGACCGGUGUCCACGUCCCACGUUGGGAUUCGAACCUGCGACGUAAGGAUCGACUCCUUACUUGGUGACUCUGGAGCAGCUAAGAUGCUUUUACCACUGCCAUGUGCCAUGCAAGCGACUCCCCUUGUAGAUGAUAAAUUUUAAAUUAUGAUAGCUAGUCUUCCUAACUGGAUCCCAAAAUCAUUGAAUAUAUACACACUGGUAUGAAAUGAAAGGAUAGUGAGAGAAACGAUAAUGUCAAAAAUCCUUUACGCAUACUACUUUUAAUUAUACUUUUUUUCCAUUAAAUAUUCAUAUGUAAGCAUCACUGCAUUUAAAAUUUUAAAAUACAAGGUCGAUAAACUGAGGAGAGGACAUGCAAUUUCUUAAGCAUUUAUAGUCAUACAAUUAUUUUAAUCCAUGCCUUUAUAGCUAGAGUCUGAUUAGAUUUCACAGUUCCAAUCUGAAUUUAAAUAAAAUAUUUUCAGAGGUGAAAUUGUUUCAAACAACUGACUGUCAUGUUCCUUAAAUCCCCAAUAUAAAGUAAACAUGUACACUACAUGGAUCGGACUCAAUAUCAGUUUAAUUUAAAUAUAUGUGCAGUUGUACACAUAAUUUUUAUUUAUUUUUUUCAUUUACACCAAGUUCAGUUGUCUUUCAAUAUGUUCUUGCUUGAUAAUAGUCUUUAGUGUUUUGCAAAUGUUUGUUUUUCAUUAAGUGUUGGCUUAUCUUCAUUGGAGGUGUAUUAAGUAAAAGUUCUGGUAAAGGAAUAUCUUUGUAAAAUAUUAAAUUGAAACAGUGGCUGGAAGGUAACAACUUAAUAAAUGUUAACAUCAGUUCUGGUAAUUGGAAAAUGUUGAGAAUAAGCAGGCUUUCUGUAGUUUUUACAGUGCAAGUGGGGGUAGAGUUUUUGAAUACUUUAAAAAAAAAAAAGGAGAAGGGGAAAGACAAUAUGAAGCUCACACUUUACAAGCCCCUAUGAAAUUCAUUUUCACUUAGUCUUAUAACAGUAUUGCAAUCUUCUAUAUUCUUUGUGUAUUGAAACUUAAAAGAUUGCUAUUACAAAAAUUGUUAUAAAAUCAUCGUUUAUCAGAUGAGAUCUUGCAUUUUUCCACUUCAUGGUUUAUACCUUGUGUAAAUCUAUCCUGGAAGUCACUGUUAGCAUAAAUCCAUUGGUGAUUGUUAUUUGUUCACACAUCAUUAAUGAUUCCAUUUAAUUAUUGUUGUGAAUAAAAUGUAUAUAUUUUAAUAAAUCUGGGAUAAAACAAA